AUGGGUGGCAGGAGCCGGACGCUGGCUCCUGGAGCAGCUGGCACUGGCCGGGAUGGGCAGGAGAGGGCAGGGAGCAGCCCAGGGAUGCACAAAGUCCUGUCCAUGGAUGCAACGCUCGCCCCGAGAGAUCCCCGAGCUCCUGGCCAGUUUGGACACCCUGUUGCUGUCCCUGAUGAUAAACAAGAAGAAGCAAAAAGUAGAUGGAAAGAAGGAAACUUUAAUGUCUACCUCAGCGACCUGAUUCCUGUGGAUCGAGCCAUCGCAGACACCAGGCCUGCCGGGUGCUCGGAGCAGCAGGUCCACAACGACCUCCCCACCACCAGCAUCAUCAUGUGCUUCGUGGAUGAGGUGUGGUCCACCCUCCUGCGCUCCGUGCACAGCGUCCUCAGCCGCUCUCCUCCUCACCUGAUCGAGGAGAUCAUUCUGGUGGAUGACUUCAGCACUAAGGAGCACCUGCGGGAGCAGCUGGACACCUACAUGUCACGCUUCCCGAAGGUGAGGAUCCUGCGCCUCAGGGAGAGGCACGGGCUGAUCCGGGCCAGGCUGGCAGGAGCUGAGAUCGCCAAAGGAGCUGUCCUGACCUUCCUGGACUCGCACGUGGAGUGCAACGUGGGCUGGCUGGAGCCGCUGCUGGACAGGGUCCGCCUGAGCCGGACCAAGGUGGCCUGCCCCGUCAUCGAGGUCAUCAGCGACAAGGACAUGAGUUACAUGACCGUGGACAACUUCCAGCGUGGGAUUUUUACUUGGCCAAUGAAUUUUGGAUGGAGGCAGAUUCCACAAGAGGUCAUAGAGAAAAAUAAAAUCAAGGAGACUGAUAUUAUAAGGUGCCCCGUCAUGGCAGGUGGCCUGUUCUCCAUCCACAAGCAGUACUUCUUUGAGCUGGGAAUGUACGACCCGGGACUGGAUGUCUGGGGAGGGGAAAACAUGGAGAUUUCAUUCAAGGUCUGGAUGUGCGGAGGAGAGAUCGAGAUCGUUCCGUGCUCCCGCGUGGGGCACAUUUUCAGGAAUGACAAUCCUUACUCCUUCCCUAAAGACCGGGUGAGGACGGUGGAGCGGAACCUGGCCCGGGUGGCAGAGGUGUGGCUGGACGAGUACAAGGAGCUGUUCUACGGCCAUGCCUACCACCUGCUCCUGGGCAACGUGGAUGUCGGGGACCUGAGCCAGCAGAUCCAGCUGCGCAAGAAGCUCCGCUGCAAAAGCUUCCGCUGGUACCUGGAGAACGUCUACCCGGACCUGGAAGCUCCCCUGGUUAAAGCCAGCGGGCCGCUCGUUAACGCGGCCCUGGCAGGGUGCAUCGCUGUGGAAGGCACCAGCCUGGCUUUUGAGGAGUGUGAUGUUAACAGCACGAACCAGAAUUUCAACUACACCUGGCUGAGGCUGAUCCAGCACGGAGAGCUCUGCCUUGCCCCGUCUGGCGUCGUGGGAGCCGUGGGCCUGCGCCGCUGCCAGCCCAGGAGCCACAGCCUGGCCUGGCUCCACAGGUCACUGGCCACCGUGCAGCCGGGGCUGACCGACCACAUCAUCUCGGAGCACCAGCACCUCCCGCAGCCCUGCCUGGAAGUGGAUCCCUCGUACAGAGCCCUGCGGCUGAAGGCCUGUGACCCCACAAACCCCCACCAGAAGUGGCACUUUGGCAGGUACCACGCAGACUGAGGGCAGCCCAGCUGCUGUCCCCACGCUGUCACCGUGGGCUCAGCGAGGACAUGGCAGCCACCAAAGGGGGAGUGCAUUUCCAAAGGAGAACUGGCACCUGUGGUUUGGUACCGGCACACGGAGGAUCCGAGCACCGGGAGCAGCACGUCGGGUGUGACAGUGCCACAACAGAUCAGGGCCAUUCUCCCUCCCCGUACGAGACUUUGGGAAAAACUCCUUUUCUCUAUUCUUAAAUGGAAAUAUUUUUCUAAGUCCCCAUCCUACUGUGAGCAAGCAUCCCUCAGUUCCCCUGGACAGCGGCAUAAGCUCCAGAAACACUUCCAGGGCCCCAGAAGUCUGUAAGCAGCAAACUGGGCUGCUAAUUCCUCCACAGAAACUGGAAUUUUGUUGACCAGUGCAUCAAAAAAAUCGAACACCGUGUCCACAGUGGAUCUGGCUGCAGGAUGCCUCCCCAUGGGACGUGUAGUGUGACAGGUGAGGAUCAGGGCUCUGUGAGGAAUCAAUUGCACACCAAUAAAGCCCUCAUUUUAUAGUGGGAGGUGGAUGGGCCCAGCCCCACCCCGGGGCUGCAGGAGAGGCCUGGAGCACUCCUUCCCUGUGCCAGGGACAGCAAGGACACACGUGUUUUGCUUUGUUUGGUGCUGGAGCGGGGAACCAGAGGUUUAUCCUGCUUCUUGCCAGAAGCACGUUCCAGGGGCCAACCUGGAAGCUCUUCAUCCCAGGGCAGCCAGGUUGUCCCACCCUGGGGCUGCCAGGACCCCAGCCAUGUCCCCCAGCCCCCGUGGCUUUCGGGGGGCUCUCCAGGAGCAGUGCUGCUCCCCUCAGCCCAGGCUGCACGGCACAGCCAGGCUCUGCACACCAAACCCCUCUGGGCUCACUGCCAUGGACAAGUGUUGUUUGUACUGUGAAGUUCUUCAUCUCCAAAAUCCAUCACCAGUCACCAACGGGAUGGAUUUGAUGAGAGAAUAAACUCUGUGUGCCAAGGU